GACCAACGCCAGCUACUUCCGCCCGGGCUAGAAGGAUGACUUUGCCCACGCGUUCCACGUCUUCGACUUCCGCCCUUAGCUUGUUGGCAAGGUGAGAGCACUUCCGGAUUAAGGGACGCCUUCUGCUCGGUGUAAACCGUGGCGGCUGGGAUGGAGCUGGAGAGGAUCGCACUGCCCCCCAGGAAACCUCUGGAUCUGCCCCUCUCCAUUCUAGAAGUUGGAUGUGCUGGUCGGUUUGAACUCAUCACACAUGAGAAGGAGCCCAACAGGGAUGGUUUUCCCAUCACUACGUUGCCGCAUGGCUUGCCCCCUUAUGCUGAGGAUCUGGCGUCCGAACUGGAGCAGCAGUUUCUUAACAGCCCGGAGUGGCUUCCCAUCCAUCACUUCGAAAGGUCUCACAGGGUCUGGCCCCGAGAGAAAGACGUCCAGUCCCUUUUCCAAGUGGACAUCACACCGGUGCACUCCACACUUCAGGCGGAUCGCAAUCCUACCACGGGCGAGCUUCUCGGUUUCAAAGAGGCCCUUGUAGACAACAUGGGGCUUUCAGCCAAGAAUUCACUUUCCUUUCAACGAGCCCCUGGUCCCCCAGCCGAGGCUCUGCGAGGCAGCGCCACCAAUUAUCCUUUCUGGCCAGGUGGGAUGGAUGAACCCAGCCUGGAGCAGAUCAAGGCUCAAGAAGACUUGGAGGAGGACAUUGAUUUUGAGAAAGAUUUGCUGACGGUGCCACCCGGCUGGAAAAGAGGGGUUGAGUUCACAAAGCAAGAGCUUAAGGCCUCUCCUGGGAUGCUGAAUUUGACCAAUUUGCUGGGAGCACUGGACACCUUGGAUCUGGAGGUCUCCAGCGAUGAAGAAGGGGACAAGGAGAAGGCUAAAGUAACUGAGAAGAAAGAAGGGAAGGAAAGGAAGACAAAGAAAGAAGAGGUUCCCCCAGCAGAACCAGCACAACUGCAGAGGGCAAACAGCCUGGAGGAACUGGUGCUGAAGGAAGUGACACCCAGCCCCAAAUCAGCCCCACAGACUGCCCCAGCUCCCACAGCCGAACCCCUCAAAGAGCAGUGGGCCAUCCCCGUCAACAUCAGCUCCCCCGUGGAUGAUUUCUACAAGCGAAUUCCUGACCCAGCUUUCAAGUGGCCCUUUGAGCCUGACGUUUUCCAGAAACAGGCCAUUCUCCACUUGGAGAAGCACGAUUCUGUCUUUGUCGCCGCCCACACCUCGGCGGGGAAGACGGUGGUGGCCGAGUACGCCAUCGCGCUCUCUCAGAAGCACAUGACACGCACCAUAUAUACUUCCCCCAUCAAAGCUCUUUCCAACCAGAAAUUCCGGGAUUUCAAAAACACCUUUGGGGACGUGGGGUUGUUGACCGGGGAUGUUCAGCUUCAUCCAGAUGCCUCGUGUCUCAUCAUGACGACGGAGAUCCUCCGGUAAGAACUGGGAGAAGGUCAGGGUCUCGGGUGACCAGGGUGGGGUUGGGCCAGAUAUCUGAAUCCUUCCCUUCGUGGUGUGGUCUGGGAGGAAGUCCUCAUCAUGUUGCCAGACCACGUUAACAUCAUCCUGCUCAGUGCCACGGUCCCCAACACCCUGGAGUUUGCUGACUGGAUUGGGAGGAUCAAGAGGAAGAAGAUCUAUGUGAUCAGCACGCUGAAGCGCCCUGUCCCGCUGGAGCAUUACCUCUACACAGGCAACAGCCAGAAAACCCAAAAUGAACUUUUCCUUCUGGUUGACGCCCGCGGGACGUUCCUCACUAAGGGCACACAUGCAUCUUGUUUGAAGGAGAAAGUGGAGCUUCUGAAGUAUAAAACGGCACUUAUUUUGGCACCGCACCUCGGUUUUGGGCAGUGUGGCAUUUGUGCCAGAGGUUUGGUGGAGGAAGAGCCUCAUGACUUCUUGCAGUUCGCCACUCUACACUCAUUUUCCAGUGACAAGAACAUCUGGCUGUCCCUCAUUGACAUGCUGCGGAAGAAAGAUCAGCUGCCGGUGGUGGCCUUCACCUUCUCACGCAACCGCUGUGACGACAAUGCCUCCAUGCUGACCACGGUUGACCUGACCACAACCACAGAAAAAAGCGAAAUCCAUGUCUUCUUCCAGAAGUGUAUCUCCCGCCUGAAGGGCACAGACCGUCAGUUGCCUCAGGUUCUACACAUGGUGGAUCUCUUGAAGCGUGGCAUCGGAGUGCAUCACAGCGGCAUCCUGCCCAUCCUGAAGGAAGUCGUGGAGAUGCUCUUCAGCAAAGGGUUGGUCAAGAUCCUCUUUGCCACAGAGACUUUUGCCAUGGGGGUGAACAUGCCAGCAAGGACCGUGGUCUUCGAUUCAAUCCGUAAACACGACGGCACUAAUUUCCGGGAUCUGGUGCCAGCUGAGUACAUCCAGAUGGCGGGCCGAGCAGGACGCCGAGGGCUUGAUACGACUGGGAUGGUCAUCAUCCUGUGCAAAAACCAAGUGCCUGAGAUGGCUGACCUUCACCGAAUGAUGUUGGGCAAACCGACUCAGCUGCAGUCCCAGUUCCGUCUCACUUACACCAUGAUCCUGAACCUCUUGAGGGUGGAGGCUCUGCGAGUGGAGGACAUGAUGAAGAGAAGCUUCUCGGAAUUCCACACCCGGAAAGACAGCAAGGCCCACGAACACAGAGUCGCCCAGCUGAGCUCCAUCCUGGCCAACAUGGAAGCGCCAGAUACGUCAGGACAGCUCAGUGACUUGAAAGAGUAUUAUUAUGUGGUUCGAGAGCUGCAGGAGACCCGAGACCUCAUACAGAGGCGAGUUAUGGAAUCCAUGAAUGGGCUGAAGGCCCUUUCUGUGGGGCGAGUGGUGGUCGUGAAGAAUCAGGAGCACCAAAAUGCCUUAGGGGUGGUCUUGCAGGUUUCUUCCGACUCAACCAAUCGGUCCUUCAGCACCUUGGUGAUAUGUGAGAAGAAUCCCACUGAAGGGGAGACCCCCACGAACACAAAGAGCGACCUCCCCUCCCCUCCAGAAGUGCCUCUUCCUGAUGACCUUCUGCGCACCAAGCUCUUUCUUCCCGAACGUUCCUGUGGACAUACGAUAAAGAAGCUAGGCUCCUCCGACAUCUCCGGUAUCACAACCAAAACUUUGCGUGUCAAUGCUGAACGCAUCCUGGAGGAUUAUAAGAAGCGACAGAUGCCUAGGUUCAGGAAUGAGCCGCCAGGUCCAUCUGCGGCCACAGCCACCCAGGAACUGCUGCGUUUGGCCGAGGGCUCCCCGGAGGGCCUCCCCCUCUUGGAUCCCAUCAACGAUCUUCAGCUAAAGGAUCUGGAGGUGGUGGAGGGCAUAGUGAAGGCCCGGCGCCUUGAGGAGGCACUGCCAGGAUUUCAGUGUGUGCAUAGCCCCCGCUUCCACAUGGAGUUUGUGCGGUUCCGAGAGCGCCAGCGGGUGCUGGAGGAGAUAGAGCAGCUACGUUACCUGCUCUCCGACCAGUCCCUCCUCUUGCUGCCCGAGUAUCACCAACGCGUCGAGGUCCUGCGUUCCCUCGGCUACAUCAACCACAGUGGGGCCGUGGAGCUCAAAGGGAGCGUGGCCCGUCAGAUCAGCAACCACGAGCUGCUCCUGACGCAGCUGCUCCUCGACAACACCCUGACGGACCUGCGGCCGGAGGAAAUUGUGGCCUUGCUCAGCUGCACCGUCUGCCAGGUGCGCACCCAGGUGGAGCCCCAGCUGCCCUCCGUCCUUCAGAAGGGCAUCGAGCACAUCCGAUCGGUGGCCGAAGAGAUCGCCCUUUUGCAGCGGAAGUGCGGCCUGCAGGAGUCUGUGGAGGACUUUGUUGAGCAGUACAAAUUCGGGCUGGUGGAGGUGGUCUACGAAUGGGCCCGCGGCAUGCCGUUUGCAGAGAUCGCUCGCCUGACGGACGUCCAGGAAGGGAUCAUCGUCCGUUGCAUCCAACGCCUGGAUGAGACCUGUCGGGAGAUGCGUAACGCUGCCCGGGUCACCGGGGAGCCGACCCUCCAUGCCAAGAUGGAGGCUGCCUCGAACAUGAUCAAGAGGGACAUCGUCUUUGCCGCCAGCCUCUACACCCAGUGAAGGGGGCAGGGUUUGCUUGGACUCAUCCCACCUCCCUGGAUGUGUGUGUGUGUGUGUGUGUGUGUGUGUAUGUGUGUAGUCCUUGACCUCUGAGAGGUUGUCAUGAGUCUCGUGGACAGAAAGAAUAAAAAACGCCCUUCUUGCCAACAAGAAGGUAUGGAAUGACCUUGUCUUGCCUCUCACACAGCAAAGGGUGUUGGCCACAGAGGUCCUUCUGAAGCCCCCCUUUUCCUUUGGGAAACCACCAAAAACUUUCUCAUGGUGGCCGGAGAGAAACACAGAGCCUCCCGCUCUGCAAACCGAACUAUGGAGUUGGAACCAGUGGCAGCCUAUAUGCUGGCCGUAUCAUUCCCCAUCUGCAGAGACGGGGCCUUUACACAGAGAACCAGCAGCACAUAAACAUCA